GUCGUCGUCACUGUCUUCGUCAUCAUGAGGAGAUCCUCUUACGUGAACUACUACGUCUUGUGCCUCGUGUGCUGGAUUCUCCUGGGCAUCACUGGGGUGAGCACAAGGUCUCAUUCGUUGGUGAAGAGGUUCGACGGGAUUUACACGGGUCCCUAUUUCGACGCGAACACUCCGACGAACGUCACAGCCCAGUUGGGGAGGCAUGCGUACUUGCCGUGUAGAGUGCGGCAGCUCGGUAACAAAUCAGUAUCAUGGGUCAGAAGAAGGGACUCCCAUAUCCUCUCGGUAGAUAGAACCAUGUUUAUCCCGGACGAAAGGUUCCAGGCGCUUUUCGUAGACGCGGUGGACAGCUGGACCUUGCAGGUUAAGUACGUCCAGGAACGCGACGAAGGCGAGUACGAGUGCCAAAUCUCGACCGACCCGAAGAAAAGUCACAUCAUCAAGCUCAACAUCGUCGUGCCAAAGAUCGAGAUCAUAGGCGAUCGCGACAUGUAUGUAAAAACCGGAAGCACAGUCGCCAUACGGUGCAUAAUCAAGCAGUCCCUCGAGGGGCCGUUCUACGUUUUCUGGUACCACGAGGGCGACCGUGUCCUGGACAAUCAAUUGGGCAAGAUCGACAUCCAGACGGAGAGGAUCAAUAACGAUACGGUCAGCAGCCUCGAGAUCCGCAACGCGAGACGGGAGGACUCGGGCAAUUACACUUGCAGCCCGAGCAGUUUCGACAGCGCGAGCGUGCAGCUUCACGUGUUGAAUGGUGAGCAUCCAGCCGCGAUUCAAAGAGGGAUGAACUCCGCGCCGGGUGGCUGUCCGACGUUGUGGUGGCUAGCGGGCGUGGUGACGUUGUAUUCGAGUCACGGCAGCCGGCUGUUCGUCCUCGUCCUUCUGAUCGUCAUGGUCCUUUACUCGAAGAAUCCAUCGUACUUCGCGCCGGAACGAUAAUCAGGAACCGAUAGGAGGGACGGUGUCGAAUGAUGAUCGAUUAUCUCCAGCUACGAGACCCGGGGAAGGAAUCGCGUCCCCGAGGAACGCGCCUAGCCGCGUGAGGAAUCGCGACGGGAGAAGCACGGUGCGCGCGGACUUCCUAAGGAAUCGAUUUCAGGGCGGAGAGAGAAAAGGAACGAGC